AUGAGCUUUAAUAGUUCAAAUGAUAGUAUACCUUAUACAAAUCUUUCAGAUUUGGCUGGAAUUCCAAAAAUUGAUGUAGCUGGUUCUUCCGUCGUUGGUCGUUAUAAUGAUAUAAUAUUAACUUUUGGUGGUAUAGGAUUAAAUAAUAGUUAUGGUUAUCAGUUAAUAUACACUUUUGACACAAAAAAUUCAACUUGGAAUUCUUUAACAACAAAUGGAAUUCAACCACCGAUAAGGAAAGGUGUUCGACCUGUAUUUACUUAUGGAAGAUUAUAUGCUUUCGGAGGAUUUGAUAAUACUGCUGGAAAAUAUUAUAAUUCUCUAGAUAUGUUAGAUAGUAUUGGAUUUGUUUGGUCAAAUAUUACUUUAUUAGAUGGUCCUUCUGGAAGGGAUGGCUACGUAUCUGCUUUAUUGUCGGAUGGUAAUAUCUUAUAUUUAGGUGGAUAUGCAGGUCCAACUACUGCCUUAGACACUGUUUAUUUAUAUAAUACGAAUAAUAAUUCAUGGCAAAAUGUGUCUACAGUUGGUACAGUUCCUGAAGGCCGUGGAUAUUUUACUUCUGUAUUAAGUGAAAACAACCAAGGUUAUAGCCAUUUUGCAACACCAACUUUGGUUGUAUUAGAUUUAAGCUCGUUUACAUGGAUCUCGCAAAUAGUAACUGGUGAUUCUACACCACCUCCUUUACUUCUUCAUACUGCAAAUGUUGUUAAUAACUAUAUGAUACUAGCAUAUGCUGCUGUUGUUAGCACUGCAUUGUUAAUUUAUGGCUUAACUGCUUGUUAUAAUAUGCUUAAAGUUAAGGGUUACUUUAGUAAUUUUAUUGCAACUCCAGGAACUAAAUAA